AUGUAUUCAACUUACCCCGCCCUCACCCUGCAGCCAUUCCCGCCCAGCCUGGCCCUCACCCUGCAGCCAUUCCCGCCCAGCCUGGCCCUCACCCUGCAGCCAUUGACGCCCAGCCUGGCCCUCACCCUGCAGCCAUUGACACCCAGCCUGGCCCUCACCCUGCAGCCAUUGACGCCCAGCCUGGCCCUCACCCUGCAGCCAUUGACACCCAGCCUGGCCCUCACCCUGCAGCCAUUGACACCCAGCCUGGCCCUCACCCUGCAGCCAUUGACACCCAGCCUGGCCCUCACCCUGCAGCCAUUGACGCCCAGCCUGGCCCUCACCCUGCAGCCAUUGACACCCAGCCUGGCCCUCACCCUGCAGCCAUUGACACCCAGCCUGGCCCUCACCCUGCAGCCAUUGACGCCCAGCCUGGCCCUCACCCUGCAGCCAUUGACGCCCAGCCUGGCCCUCACCCUGCAGCCAUUGACGCCCAGCCUGGCCCUCACCCUGCAGCCAUUGACACCCAGCCUGGCCCUCACCCUGCAGCCAUUGACGCCCAGCCUGGCCCUCACCCUGCAGCCAUUGACGCCCAGCCUGGCCCUCACCCUGCAGCCAUUCCCGCCCAGCCUGGCCCUCACCCUGCAGCCAUUGACGCCCAGCCUGGCCCUCACCCAGCAGCCAUUGACGCCCAGCCUGGCCCUCACCCUGCAGCCAUUGACGCCCAGCCUGGCCCUCACCCUGCAGCCAUUGACGCCCAGCCUGGCCCUCACCCUGCAGCCAUUGACGCCCAGCCUGGCCCUCACCCUGCAGCCAUUGACGCCCAGCCUGGCCCUCACCCUGCAGCCAUUCCCGCCCAGCCUGGCCCUCACCCUGCAGCCAUUGACGCCCAGCCUGGCCCUCACCCUGCAGCCAUUGACACCCAGCCUGGCCCUCACCCUGCAGCCAUUGACACCCAGCCUGGCCCUCACCCUGCAGCCAUUCCCACCCAGCCUGGCCCUCACCCUGCAGCCAUUCCCACCCAGCCUGGCCCUCACCCUGCAGCCAUUCCCACCCAGCCUGGCCUUCACCCUGCAGCCAUUCCCACCCAGCCUGGCCCUCACCCUGCAGCCAUUCCCACCCAGCCUGGCCCUCACCCUGCAGCCAUUCCCACCCAGCCUGGCCCUCACCCUGCAGCCAUUCCCACCCAGCCUGGCCCUCACCCUGCUGCCAGUCCCACCCCGCCUGCCAUUCCCACCCAGCCUGGCCCUCACCCUGCAGCCAUUGACGCCCAGCCUGGCCCUCACCCUGCAGCCAUUGACGCCCAGCCUGGCCCUCACCCUGCAGCCAUUGACGCCCAGCCUGGCCCUCACCCUGCAGCCAUUGACACCCAGCCUGGCCCUCACCCUGCAGCCAUUGACACCCAGCCUGGCCCUCACCCUGCAGCCAUUGACGCCCAGCCUGGCCCUCACCCUGCAGCCAUUGACACCCAGCCUGGCCCUCACCCUGCAGCCAUUGACACCCAGCCUGGCCCUCACCCUGCAGCCAUUGACACCCAGCCUGGCCCUCACCCUGCAGCCAUUCCCACCCAGCCUGGCCCUCACCCUGCAGCCAUUCCCACCCAGCCUGGCCCUCACCCUGCAGCCAUUGACACCCAGCCUGGCCCUCACCCUGCAGCCAUUGACGCCCAGCCUGGCCCUCACCCUGCAGCCAUUGACGCCCAGCCUGGCCCUCACCCUGCAGCCAUUCCCACCCAGCCUGGCCCUCACCCUGCAGCCAUUGACGCCCAGCCUGGCCCUCACCCUGCAGCCAUUGACGCCCAGCCUGGCCCUCACCCUGCAGUCACCAGCACGCGGAGGUCCCCGCCUCACCUGGCCGCCCCUCCCGCACCUCAACACUCCUCGCCGCCCCCUGCCACGCCCCUGCCCUCCACUGACAACACACCUACCUCCCAAAAGCCACGGGACGCCAUAA